UCGGGUGCGCGGGAGGCUAUGGCGUCCUCCUCCGUCCCGCCGGCCGCCGCACCCGCGGCCGCCGGGGGCCCCGGGCCGGCAUUCGGCUUCGCCUCCAAAACCAAGAAGAAACAUUUCGUGCAGCAGAAGGUGAAGGUGUUCCGGGCUGCCGACCCGCUGGUGGGCGUGUUCCUGUGGGGCGUCGCCCACUCGAUCAAUGAGCUCAGCCAGGUGCCUCCCCCAGUGAUGCUGCUGCCAGAUGAUUUUAAAGCUAGUUCCAAGAUCAAGGUCAACAAUCACCUUUUCCAUAGAGAAAAUCUACCUAGUCAUUUCAAGUUCAAGGAAUACUGCCCCCAAGUCUUCAGGAAUCUCCGUGAUCGAUUUGGCAUUGAUGAUCAGGAUUACUUGGUGUCCCUUACCCGGAGCCCCCCAAGUGAAAGUGAAGGCAGUGAUGGUCGCUUCCUUAUCUCCUAUGAUCGGACUCUGGUCAUCAAAGAAGUAUCCAGUGAGGACAUUGCUGACAUGCAUAGCAACCUCUCCAACUACCACCAGUACAUUGUGAAGUGCCAUGGCAACACGCUGCUGCCCCAGUUCCUGGGCAUGUACCGAGUCAGUGUGGAAAACGAAGACAGCUACAUGCUUGUGAUGCGCAAUAUGUUUAGCCACCGUCUUCCUGUCCACAGGAAGUAUGACCUCAAGGGUUCCCUAGUGUCCCGGGAAGCCAGCGAUAAGGAAAAGGUUAAGGAAUUGCCCACCCUUAAAGAUAUGGACUUCCUCAACAAGAACCAAAAAGUGUAUAUUGGUGAAGAAGAGAAGAAAGUAUUUCUAGAGAAGCUGAAGCGAGAUGUAGAGUUUCUAGUGCGGCUGAAGAUAAUGGACUACAGCCUUCUGCUGGGCAUCCACGACAUCAUCCGGGGCUCUGAACCAGAGGACGAGGGGUCCGUGCGGGAGGACGAGUCAGAGUGGGAUGGGGACUGUAACCUGACUGGACCUCCUGCUCUGGUGGGCUCCUAUGGCACCUCCCCUGAGGGUAUUGGAGGCUACAUCCAUUCCCACCGGCCCCUGGGCCCUGGAGAGUUUGAGUCCUUCAUCGAUGUCUAUGCCAUCCGGAGUGCUGAGGGGGCCCCCCAAAAGGAGGUGUAUUUCAUGGGCCUCAUUGACAUCUUGACACAGUAUGAUGCUAAGAAGAAAGCAGCUCAUGCAGCCAAAACUGUCAAGCAUGGGGCAGGGGCAGAGAUCUCUACUGUCCAUCCCGAGCAGUAUGCUAAGCGAUUCCUGGAUUUUAUUACCAACAUCUUUGCCUAGAGCCUGCCUGACUCCGUGGUGAUUGCUGCUUUAUGUUCAAGGUGGUAGGGUUCUGAGAGGCUUAUGGGGAACUGGAUAUUUGGCCACUUUUCUUCCACCUCUGCCUAAUUUAGGCUGUAGAUUCCUCCAUCCAAAUAACUUCAUCUUGAUGGAUAGGCUUUUCCUGGCCCCCAGAAAUAUACUGUCUUUUCUCCUCUU